AUGUAUAACCUCCCGCAAGCCGCUGUCUUGACGGCGUCUGCGACAUACAAAAACAGUUUCCCAAUUGCGAUAGAAGUUGUGUUACGGUUGCAGCGUCUGAAGGUGCAAUGCGCGGCGUCCGGAGACUCCGGAGACGCCGAGCGGCCCAGCAGUAGCAAAGGAAAGUCUUUCAGUGGCGAACGCCGUAGAAGAGGUCGGCCUGCGCACUUGAGGAGUCCAGACGAUUCUCCCCUACGGGAUGGGAAUAGAGAUCGCUUGAUGGGUCUGCUUACGGAACGGGCCGCCAAGACUCUAGCCUAUUACCUAAUAGAGACCAAUCACAAUGUGCACCACUGGGUCAACAGGUUCAUUAAGGAGCACCCGAUACCCCGGGACGGCAACUGGGAUGACGUCAGCGGGGACACGUUUCUGCGGACACUGCUGUCCAUGCCCAUGGAGGAGGCCACGCCGUGGGGCCGCGACCCGGUCUUCCACAACACGUCGGCGAGUGACGUCGACCCUCGGAGCAUUGCGCAGAGGAUUAUGGAGAUUCGCGCCCAGCUGGCCAGCGAGUUCAUUCAGGACCUUAGUCAGGUGGCCGAAGAAAACAAGUUGUUGCAGCUGGAGACGUUGCAGGCCUCUUUGUUCAGUACGGAAGACGCGAUUGCUGACGGCAGCGCCGCCGCUCGCCAGGCGGCCACCUCCCAAGGGCAGGGAAGCGGCAGUAGCGGCAACAGCCAGAACGCUUCCGGCGCGUCGUCGCCUGGCGCCGGCGGCCGCGGCAGCCGCGGCGGCGGUACGGAUGGUACGGAUUCGUCGAGGGGGGGAAAACCCAAAAAGGUGAAGAAGUCGGUGUUGCCUGCGCAGCCGACGCCAUCCAACUGGCGCAUGCGGCUGGAGGUGGAAGCGCAGGUGUACGGCGAUGUCGACGGCGCGUCGCCGUCGUCGUCGGCGGCGGCGCCGUCGCCGACGGCGCCUAGCUCCGCUACUGGCAUUCCGGAUAGCGUUAUGACAGGGAUCAUCUCGCCGAACUACACGCCGCAGCCAGCGGCGGAGGCGGCGGGGAGUCCGCCGCCGCUGCCACCGCCGGCGGAGAAGGCGGCGAAGCCGCCGCCGAUGCCGCCGCCGCUGCACCCGGAGGUUGCGGAAAUGCUGCCGCUGAUUCGCUCCUCCCCUUCUGCUCUUACUCCUGACGUGGCGCAGAUGUUGUCUAGUCUGGCGGUUACGUCUAACGGUCAACUGCAUCCUGACAUUGUGGAUGCUCUGCGGGCGGCGGUUGACGCCGGGGCGAGGCUGCAUCCCGAGAUGGCGGAGCUGCUAGGAAUGGGGCCGUCGGCACCGUCGUCGGCGUCGCCGUCGUCAUCGUUGAAGUCGUCAUCGACGUCGGCACCUGCUGCUGCUGCUGCAUCUAGCAGCGGCGGCGGCGGUACCCUCGCAAGUAGUGGGUCGCGUGGCGGUGGCGGCGAUGUGGCGGCUCCGUCGACUUCAACGUCGUCGUCGUCGGCGGCGGCGGCGGCCGCGCCGACUCCAUCACUGUCAGCGGCGCCGAUAGGGAAAUACGGCAAGCCGCCUGUGCCGCCGGCGGCGGCGGCAUCGGCUGCCGCUGCCGCUGCUGCGGCGACUUCUGCCGUCGAGUCCGUACAAGUCGUACAGUCGCCACAGGCGCAGUCCCAGCAGCAGGAAGAGGAGGAGGAAAACUCCAUCACCGCGCUUCAGAACGACAGCUGUCUCCAUUCCGAUGAAGAGUGA